UUGUAGUGCCACUUUGUCGACCCGUUAGGCCCGCUGUAACUAAUUCAACUUUAACUUAAUUAAUUCCGCCUUAACGUUAAAAUAUUAUUUUUUAUUGUGACAUAAAUAUUUGUGGCAGUUAAAGUUAGUUGACGGUUAAUUAACGGCUGUAGCGGUACGUAAAGUUAGCUAACGGUUAAUUACAGGCUAAACGGCUGUGACGUUACGUAACGUUAGCUAACUAACGUCAACUUAAUUCAAAAUGUCCAGUGAAGCUGAAAGGGAUGAGAAACCCGGGCUUUCGUUAACCAAGGCAGUGGAGGAUAUCAGCCAACAUGGCUUUGCCCAGACCGAGGCCCUGAAAGAGAGACAGAAGACGCUCCUCUCCCUGCAGGCAUCUCUUUUAGACGUGGAGAGGAAAGGUGAGGUGGCGGAGCAGGAGCUGAGAUCUAAAGUGAGGGAAUUCCUGAUGCUGGAGGCCGAGACGGAGCACCUGGAGCGUCAGACGAACCUGCUGCGGGGCCGCUGUGGGGCCAUCGGCAAGGAGAACACAGAACUCCAGAGCAGCAUAAGCGAGGAGGAGGAGAGCGCCGGGAUGGCGCGGGCCAGGUUCAACGCCUACCGGAGCAAGAUGGAGGGUCACAGAGCGGCUGUUUGGCAGGCGGCGAGCCGGACGGAGGCCCACAGAGAGCUGGAGGAGAAAAGGAAACUGGUGAGGAUGCUCACACAGAAGAAAGAGGAGCUGAAGGAAGAUCUGGAGGAUCCAAAUGGAAACACGGUGCAGAGGGCAAAGAGUGAAAAUGACGCUCUGAAGACGGAGAUCCUCGACAGGAGGGAGGCGAUAGCAAAGAAGAGAGCGCAGGUGCAAAAAGAGUUUGAGGCUCAUACUCAGAUCAAGAAAGACGUAGAGAUCCAGAACCGGCGCUAUGAAGCCAUCGUCAAGCGCCUCCACUGCCAGCUGAGCCGGGCCCAGGCUGUCCACAGGCAAAUGUCUGAGGACGUCUACCGCAUGGAGAGACAGCUGGCCGAGCUCAGAGGGCAGCUGGAGGCCCCCCGGGGCCCAACGGUCAGCGGACGUUAAACCGAGUCGCCCCUGUAUCAACUGGAUGAACAUGUUUUACGAUGGCGAUGAUGGAGGAUCCAUGUGUUAUCACCUUAUGGAGGGGGGGGUCUGUAUUUAUGUGUGGCUUUACAGUUGCUGUUCCUACUGAUGAACAGCUGGGGGCAGCAGUGUUAACGAAAUGUCUAGACAUCAGUUUCACUUCAUCACAAAGCCCUCAGCUAUUAGCUUGGUGUUAACAAAGGUGAAUUUGUUCCUUUGAAUACUCCAGUUUUGUCCGAGAGAUCAGUAUUAAAGAUCUGUUCUUCAAAUAUA